AGCUGGGUGUACACUGUGAUUUUGGCCCCAAGUUUAGCUGUCCCAGACAAGGUUUUGAGAUCGGAGACAAAAUCCCCAUGUCCUUGCCUACUCUGGGUGAGCGGCCAUCAGCUACACUGUUUAAUGUGAGCGGGUCAGAGAUGUAAUCAGAGGGCUACCGAUCCUGUCUUUGAUCAGUCCCAGACGUCCCAAUAUUUUUAAAGGUGUUUGAUUUUAUCUGCACAAAAUCUGCAAUGCUGUUGUAGUGUGACAUGUGUAAUGACAAGAUUUGAGAACGGUGAUCAGCAAUAGCCAGUGAGAUGUUGACUUUGUUUCACAUCACCCAGAAUGUGUACUCUCGAGCAGGAGCGAUGAUUACUACUAGUAUGUGUUUGUACUUGCCAAAGUGUCAAAACGUUACAGCUCUGACAAGCUCUUUACACACAAUGUAUUUCAAUUAAAAAUGUAUUGGCUAGAUAUUUCAACUCUGUAUGGCAAGCAUGAAUGUCUGACUGAUAACGUUUGAGGCUGCUUUGAGCCACAGCUCGUUCUAGCUAUGAAAUCACAUCUUUGUCAAGACCGCAUGGUAUAGAGAAUCCUCAAGACCAAGUGAAGAAUGUUGUCGUGCGUGACCUCCCCUCUUUUGUUUGCGACAAGACAACUACAGGAAAGACGGUCAUUUAAUGUGAGAGGCUCCAGGAUGUUAGGAUUUUAAAGUUGUGUAGUGUCCGCCCGGCAUUACUUUGAAGAUCUGUCUUUCUGUCCGUUUGUCUGUGUUGGGCAGAGGAACUGUUUUAAACAAGGCUUGUGUUGAGUUCAUCAGCAUUUUUGUAUUUUCUCUUACAGAGCACUUCCAGGUCUUCCCUGCCAGAGCCACCCAGUAAGAGGUGGGCUGUAUCAGAGGGAGUCGGGAAGAUAAACACGCCUGCACCAGCCACAGCCUCACUUUUCUAUGACGAUGACAUCACACCUAGAUACCUACUCAGGGGGAUCCUGCAGACAGAGCCGGAGACAUCCCUUCUGGUUCAGGACCGGCCAGUCAGGAAGGAGCCAGAGCUGCCCUCCACAAACUCCAGUCUUCACAGCAACCGCCCAAGUACCGGACUGUCUGAGUUGGAUCUCCCUGACAUGACCACCACAGUAAACCUGUCAAAUACGGUGAAGGGACUAAGCAGGAAGCGACCAUGUCGGAGUCUCAACAUAACAGCAUUCAACAGGCAGCUUGAACAUGAAGAUGGAGAAGGUGGCAGUGCAACAGAAAAAUACCUCUCAUCCCUGUCUUCUGCCUCUCCAAGCUCUAUCACCUUCUCUCUGAAAACACCCUUGAUGGACAUUCUGACUGAGAAAAGGAGAUUUCAAAGGAAGGUAGCAAAUCGUAAAAAUGUUUGCCUUGAGGAGUUUGACGAGGCCCUACGGAAUCGACAGGCGUCAAUGGGUGGAGACCCUGAGCUGAGUGUUAGGGAGGAUCAGCAGGGUCUCAGUGAGACCGUUCGUUCUGAGGGAUUCACCUUGGGACUGAGUGACCUCACCGCUCCUGACAUCACCCAUGACAUCAUCACCAGCAAAACAGAGCUCUACGCCCCGCCUGAUGACACAGCAACAACCUUCACUAUCGCCACCCAGGACAAAGACACCAUCACAGGCACACAGAUCCAGCGAGAAAUGGGAGGAAUGGAGGAUGAGGAGGAGAAAGAUAUGGAGGAGGUAGGGGAACAAAAGGAGUACAAGAUGGAAAUAGACAACAAAGAUAGAGAGGAUUUGGCUGUUGAUGCUGGGCAGAGAGAGGCCUUGGUGAGACAGGAGGAGUCCAAAUCACAGACCGAAGAGGUAGCUGACUCCCGGACAGAAGAAGAUGAGGAGCUGGCUAAAUCUCAAACAGAAGGAGAGGUAGCCGAGUCUCCGACAGAAGGAGAGGUAGCCGAGUCUCCGACAGAAGGAGAGGUAGCCGAGUCUCCGACAGAAGGAGAGGUAGCCGAGUCUCCGACAGAAGGAGAGGUAGCCGAGUCUCCGACAGAAGGAGAGGUAGCCGAGUCUCCGACAGAAGGAGAGGUAGCCGAGUCUCCGACAGAAGGAGAGGUAGCCGAGUCUCCGACAGAAGGAGAGGUAGCCGAGUCUCCGACAGAAGGAGAGGUAGCCGAGUCUCCGACCGAAUCUCAGACAGAAGAUGUAGCAGAUGAAGGGAGACAGGUAGUGGGAAAAGGCUUGACAUCACAGAGUUUAUUACACAACGUGAUGCACAUCAGUCGGAGAGCUUAUUGCUCAGAGGGUGGUGUCAAGGUUGCUGGAGUGAUGGAAGGAGGGAGGGGCUACAAGAGCAUGGGAGCAGAGCUCCAUCCUACAGAGACUGGUGAGUCAGGGUGCGCAGGCAGAAGGUCAGAGGGGGACACUGCUGGUGAGUGGCACAGCGGGCCGGAGGUGGGAGCUAGUGAGAGCGCCCACACAGUAACCCUUGGCAGCGCCCCUCCCUCCCCGUUGCCCCAGGAAGAUGAGCUGGAAGGUUUGAGUAGAACAGGCACCAGCCUUGGAAAUGAGGAGAUGGCGAACUCCAUGCCUCCUUUAGAGAUGACCUUUGAACCUGAGAACAAUGCCCCUCAUAGUAGCAUUUCAUCCCUGCACCCCAUCACUGCCCAGAGCCCAGCUGAUCAUGAGGAGGACUGGGAUGAUGUGGAAGAGCGGGAUGGUAUCCAGAGUGAAGAACUGUCCAUGAAGACACCUGCGUUUGUCAGAGAGAAGAGGAAUGCUCUGCCUAUUGACCCCCUGGCCACACCCACUAUUCUCAAAGACCUUCAACCAAGUGUUUCGGCUGGUGCUGCAGCUGCGGUGAAGCCCAAAGCGGUGAGGGGAAAGCGGACUGGAUCGGCCAAGAAGGAUCCUGGUCUCUCUAAGAGCUACAUCAUGAGCGUGUUCAAACACUUUGCCAAGACCAAGGUGUCUACAGAUGUCUACCCUGUCCUAAAGGAGAUAAUGGAGCUCUACUUUGACCGACUAGCUGAUGACUUGGAGAUGUUUGCUGCUCACGCCAAGAGGAAGACCAUUGAGGUAGAGGAUGUAGCGCUGCUGAUGCGGAGACAGGGGUUUGUGACUGACAGCAUGCCAGUCAAUGUGUUGAUUGAGAAAUAUCUCCCAAUGGAAUCCCGGAAGCUCCUCAUUCCUGUGGCAACAAGUGGUAACUACGUCAUUCCCAAACCGAGGAGAAAAUGACCAGCCUAUACUGAAAAUGAUUGGCUCAAAUCAUAAUGUGGGCUGAUGUUGUAUAUUUGAUUGAAUAUUAACAGCAGGUUAAUUUAUUAUUUGUAGACACUCAUUCAAACACAGCCAGAACAAGACCAUGUAACCUGGUGUAAAUGUGUUUUUGUUUGAAUAUGGCUUUGCUUUUGUUUUGUUUGUUUAUAUUUGUCAAAUAUUACUGCAAUAAAAUGUAUUUGAUUUAA